CCUCCCUGCAUUGGCAAAUCCUCAGAUUUCAGAUCCCAAUCAAAUUCCCUUGUUCGACGAACUUUAGGGCAUUAAAGAGAAUAGAAAAACGAUUGAAAUGGACGCCAUAGACUCCGUCUUCGAUCCCCUAAGGGAGUUCGCCAAGGACAGCGUCCGCCUCGUCAAGCGCUGCCACAAGCCCGAUCGCAAAGAGUUCACGAAGGUGGCGUUCCGUACAGCGAUAGGAUUCGUGGUGAUGGGAUUUGUUGGUUUCUUCGUGAAAUUGAUAUUCAUUCCUAUCAAUAAUAUCAUUGUUGGAUCUAGUUAGAUCAGGUCAUGUUGAUCGCUAGCGUGGGAACUGGUGAACUGGUGAUCUCACUUGAUUACGAUGCCUAGCAAAAAAUUUACAAUGUAGUGGAAAGGAAUACUGUUAGUGUUGAUGUUGCUUUUGUUAUUUGUUUAUCUGAGACUAGAAGAACGAGGACGUCAUGCGAAGUUCUGGUUAUUUUUAUGUUAGUCUGACUGGACCCUCCUUGUUGGGAUUCAUCCCUAAAAUUUUCUAAAGAAUAGAGAAUGAUGCUUUGAUUUGUUU